CUGCAUGAGCCAAUGUUAUCAGCUUCAAGUGUGCCACGGAGGGACCGAAGCUGUCAAAAGUCCACAGACAUGAUGAACUCCUGAGUCCAACGGUCACCGUCGCGUGCCUGGUCCUUUGAUGUCUGCCGCGCCGCAUUUCUACACAGCAGCUAGUCUGCAGGAGGACCUGGAAGUGUGCGGCAGCCAAACUGCGUCUGUGCUGAUUUAAAAAAGAAAACAAACUGAAGUGAGGUCCGGGGGGAACAGCAAGCAUGUCCGAACCGAGUAGAUUUGUGAGUCCGUUUCACAGACCGCAGUUUGUUGCUGCUGCGGCUCCGGCGGGGAAAGCCAAACUAACGCAUCCGGGGAAGGCUAUUCUGGCAGGUGGCAUUGCAGGAGGCAUUGAGAUCUGCAUCACCUUCCCAACGGAGUACGUGAAAACACAGCUGCAGCUCGAUGAGAAAGCUAACCCUCCCAGAUACAGAGGAAUUGUUGACUGCGUGAAGCAGACGGUGAACGGCCAUGGGGUGAAGGGGCUCUACAGAGGCCUGAGCUCGCUGCUCUACGGCUCCAUACCCAAAGCAGCAGUCCGGUUUGGGAUGUUUGAGUUCCUCAGUAAUAAAAUGCGAGAUGAAAGCGGUAAACUCGACAGCAGGCGAGGGUUCCUCUGCGGUCUGGGAGCCGGAGUGGCGGAGGCGGUGUUUGUAGUCUGUCCGAUGGAGACCGUUAAGGUUAAAUUCAUCCACGAUCAAACAUCAGCCAACCCAAAGUAUAGAGGAUUUUUUCAUGGGGUCAGAGAGAUCAUAAGAUCUGAAGGACUGAAGGGGACCUAUCAGGGUCUGACUGCCACUGUCCUCAAACAGGGCUCCAAUCAGGCCAUCCGCUUCUACGUCAUGACCUCACUGAGGAACUGGUACAAAGGUGAUGAUGCCAACAAAACCAUAAACCCCUUGAUAACCGGGCUGUUUGGAGCUAUUGCUGGUGCCGCCAGCGUCUUUGGAAACACUCCGCUGGAUGUGAUUAAGACCAGGAUGCAGGGACUUGAAGCCCACAAGUACAAGAGCACACUGGACUGCGCCAUAAAGAUCAUGAAGCAUGAAGGCCCUAAGGCGUUCUACAAAGGCACCAUUCCUCGUAUGGGUCGGGUGUGUUUGGAUGUCGCCAUAGUCUUCAUCAUCUAUGAGGAAGUCGUGAAGGUCUUGAACGUAGUGUGGAAGACGGACUAAGCCGGACGCCCCCGGUGCUACACUACCUGCAGUGUUUGGACAGCUACUAAAUCCUGUCGUCUUAAAUCCUGGUUUCUAAUGUCUACCUCCAAGUAUCUUCAGACG